GUUUACUUGAUGUACUUACUUUUAAAGUGGCCCAUUUGGCAGCCAUACUGGUCCAUUUAGGCACCAUCCCACCAGGUGCCAAUAUAGCCAGUCUGCCACUUGGUGUAUAAAUAAAGCAAUGAUAUCUCAGAAAAGUACAAUCUAAAAUUCUUUUGAGCAAGAUUACAGUUCCAGUAACUCUACCACCAGUCAUUGACGGCUUAGUAUACUUUAGUUAACUUUAUUUGAUUGAUGAUUUCUUAGACGUAAAAUAUGUCUCAGGGACUUAAGCCUUCCUUAAGGCCAAUAAAUACUUUAUUAUCAUAAUUUUUUCUAGUACUGGUAAUUGUCACAGGUGUGUGGCAGAAUAGUUAUUAAAUUUUAUUUGUGUAAGCAUGGUAAAACGGUCUCUUACAGAUCAUGCUGUCAUUUAGCAGACAAUUGGGGACAGGGAUACGGGUGGGACAUGUAGCAAAGCCUUAUGUUUAUCUAGGGGAAAAUGUUGUGAUAAUAGUCUGGGUGAUAACAUGAUCAUUAGAUAAUUAAUUAGACAUAACUUUAGGGUCUAUAAAGACAGUAACAGUUAGAGCGAAAAAGGGCAGACGAGAUAACCACAGCUUGGUGUUGGACCAAACCGAUGUUAGAAGAUGUCAAGUGCCAGUUGUUUUGUGACUGAUUAGAGACAGCAUUAUAGGUGCACAUUCUUUUAGAGCACGGGGUGACGGUCAGAGAAGGUAGAUCUAUAUAUAUGGUGUAUCCUUGCCUGCUACGCAAGUGGAUAUCACUCUAGUAUUGAGCGGACUGUGACGUUGGGUUCCAGGAUCCAUGCAGAGACUAGAGAGAGAGAGACAAGAGAAAGAGAGAGUUUAUCGUGACCUACAGCCAAGCAUCAUUGUCUAUUCAUCUGUGAUGUGUGUGUUUUAUCAGUUAAAUUACAUCAGUAAGAAUCAUCCUAGACGUAUAGCCAUCAAGAGCUGAUAUCAAGUUCUUGACAGUAAUAAAAAAGCUAAAAUAGAUUUGAUUCAAUUUGAUGUCAUAAGUAUUUUAAAAAAUGCAAGUUCCUGAUGAGAGCAAAGAUCUCUUCACACCAGAGUUCAAGUAUUAUAAAGCAAAGAAUCCACCACCUGAUUUGAGCAAUGUUGUAGACCUUUUAGCGGAAAGUAACCAUUUAGAUAAUAUAUGUUGCAUUUCCCCACAUCCCACAGAUCUAAAGCCUAUUGCUGGCCUGAAACCUUGCCAUGAGUGGAAAGUCUACCAGUUUUCUCAAUAUCCUGGUUUUUUUAUUAUACCAAAUCCUUUUGUGGAGAAAUAUCAGUACUACUGGAUCUCAAGAUGUUUGCAGGACUUCCCUUCUGACAAAAGUAAUGAAACCAAUUUGUCUGCCCUUGGAGCUGAAAAGGGUUGUAAUUUUUGGACUUCAUUUGUAGGCAAAAAUUGUCAAAGUAUCAGUAAAGAUGAUCCUCUAAGACAGCUGCGUUGGACUACAUUGGGUUAUCACUACAAUUGGACCUCAAAGGACUACGCGGAAGAUAAUAAAGCAGAGUUCCCACGAGAUGUCAACUGCCUGGCUCAAUAUUUGGCAGCCAGUUUAGGAUUCAAACACUAUAAAUCAGAGGCAGCUAUCAUCAAUUACUACCACACUGACUCAACAUUGGCUGGACACACUGACCACUCAGAGUUUGACCAUUCAGCACCUCUGUUCUCAAUAAGUUUUGGCCAGACAGCAGUAUUUCUUCUUGGAGGUAAAACCAAGUCAGUCCAGCCCAUGGCUGUCUAUGUGAGAAGUGGAGAUAUUUGUAUAAUGAGUGGUGAAUCACGACUUGCUUACCACGCAGUGCCAAAAAUACUGCCAUCAUCAUUGCCAGCAAUUUACAGCAAUGCCAGUGAAACAUCAUCCAUCAGUCAGAUAUCUGAUGUUUGUUCAAAACAUACAGUAGCACCUCAUGCACACAUUCCAAAUUCUGACAUACAGGAACUCAGUUAUAAACAUGAACAGAAGUAUUUAGAAGAUCUUGCUAGCAAUCAGUCAUUGGUUGUAGAUACUAACCUACUUUUACAACAAAACAGCACGUGUCAACAGCUAGAUAAAGAAGCUUCAUGUGUUGACAAUCCCCUCAUUUUCUAUGAGACUUAUCAACUAUGUAUUGAUGAAGUGAAUUCUAGAAUUAACUCUUUAAUGCCUGGAUUGAAUAUAGAGCCAUUCAAUAGAUAUCUCAGAUCAUCUAGAAUAAACCUUAAUAUACGUCAAGUGUUACCUCAUGGAGUUAAUAGCCUUCAUGGUGUUCUUUCAAAGCCAGAAACAACUUGAACUCAGUAUCCAAGUGCCAAUGUCAGCCUCUAGAUCUAUACUCUUCCAACCAACCAGAGAGAUGGAUCAAAUUGUUUUCAGCGUUGGAAUGGAUGAUUUGUCUAUUUGAAAGAGUAAAUGAUCACCCUGCUUAUUCUACAAACAAUUCAGCCAAAAUGUGCAAAUAAAAGAAAAGAUAAUGUUGCACCAGAACCAACUAAUGACCUUAUCAAUUCUUCAGUGCACAUUUUGCUACUUCUCAUCAUUUUACCGCCCAAACUGUUUUAAAAAGUUUCUUUAUCAUUGAGUCAUUGACUUCUGAGACAAAAAAAAAAUAAAUAAAGAGACUUUACAUUAUGUAUGAAAGUUUUGUGCUGUAACUGCGAUGAACUUGGUCAGCCGAUCAAAAGCUGCUAAAUUUUCUUACCUCAAGAUGAACUCUGUUCUUGCAUGCAAGGAAUGUGGAAUAAAUUGAGCUCAAUUCUUUUCCUCUGUGGAAUUAUGUCAAUGCAUCAGCCUAUAAACUGUUAUUUAAAGCUCAUGCUCUGAAGCAACAGUCAAGAAGUUGCAUUCUUGACUUUUACUUGUGACAUAUGUGAACUUAUUUAUCCUAUACUUAGGAGACUUAUUUUCCUCAUUUGCUAGUAAGAUGCAUAUUAUAUAAAAUGCUUAUGAAAGUUUUCAUGCAAUAAUUUGGCAAAGAUUCUCAAAGUCAAAUUUGUCAUCUUUAGCAACGGUACUAAUAGCAGUGUGUCUAUUAGCAAUGUUAAUUGAUGGCUUUGAUGAGAUUUCAUCAGUUUAAAAUAAAUUGAACAUUAGUAGAAUAAUUGUUUCUUUUUAGAAAAAACAGUUUUCCAAAAUCAACAGUUAAAUGCAGUAUGUCUGGAGCUUCUAUGUGAAAAAUGAAUCCUUAAAAAAAGGCACCUAAAAACAAAAUACCAACAAGAAGACAAGGUGUUACUGAAUGCAGUGGACUAUUUAAUUGCUAAAACUGUUUUUUUAUCAAUACAUUUUUGAAAAAUAUAUAAUUUGAAAGCGGUUAAAUUGGUUAAUAAAUAUUUUUUUAAUACGUAAAAAUCUUUUUUA